AUGACCACCAUGCACCUUCAUUUACCGGGCGUGAAGCAACCAGGUGCUGAUCUCGCUCCUACCAGCAAGCGCCCACCACCUUCCCUGCUCCGCGUUCGGGCUAGAGCUUCUUGCUCCAGCAACCUCGUCAUACUCUCCGGUCACUCACAUCGGUCCCGCCGCCAUGUCAAGACCAUGUGUGCUGCCGCCUCUUCUGCGCGAUCCCUCCAAGGCAUCUCCAGGAAAAAUAACAACGAGGAUACAAAACUAAGGACGGACAAAUUCUUCGAGCUUGAGAUGAGCGUCCGCGAGAGCGAACUUGACAAGUAUGGAGUCGUGAAUCAUGUCAUAUAUUGUGCCUACAUUGAUAAUGCUCGAGAGGAGUUGCUUACGGGUCUUGGCAUCAGCACGGCUUCCGUGGUAUGCGCCGGCAACGCUAUGGCGCUGUCGGAGCUGAACCUCAAGUACCUCACGCCUCUAAGGCGCGGCGCCAAGUUUGUCGUCAGGGUGAGGCUUGUUCAAAUCAAGGGCGCGAGGAUAUUCUUCGAGCAACUCAUCGAAACACUGCCGGAUCGCGAGCUCGUACUGGAAGCGACGGCCACCGCCGUUUGCCUCAACAAGGAUCACCGCCCAACUCGGGUCUUCCCUGAGAUGUCGUCCAAGCUGCAGCAGUUCUUCUCAUCACAGGAUUAA